CCAGUUUGGUAUUCGGAUAACAAACAAGAAAGGGACUGGCCAGAUUAUGAUGACACUUCUAGUGUGAAAAGCGAGGGUGCUGUCCGUGGUGGCUACCGAGGACGUGGCCGUGGACGAGGCAGAGGGAGAGGACGUGGCCGAGGAGGCAUGCGUUCACACUUUGAUUACCAGUAUGGGUACAGGAAAUUUGACGGUACAGAUGGUCCUCGAGGUCCGAAAUAUCCCAGUAAUAUCACUUACUACUAUGACAACAUGAGCAGCUCAGAUCUGUACAGUGUGGAUCAGGAGCUGCUGAAAGAUUACAUCAAACGGCAGAUAGAAUAUUACUUCAGUGUGGACAAUCUGGAGAGAGACUUUUACCUGCGUAGAAGAAUGGAUUCUGAAGGUUUCCUUCCUAUAGAGCUAAUAGCCACCUUUCAUAGAGUACAGGCUCUCACCACCGACAUUGGGUUGAUAGUUAAGGCAUUAAAAGACAGCAAAGUGGUAGAAGUGGUAGAUGAGAAAGUUCGUAGAAAAGAGAAGCCUGAUGCCUGGCCUCUCUUAGUCCCUCCAGCGGAUGCUGCUCAAACUGACUUUUCCCAACUUAUCAACUGUCCUGAGUUCGUACCCCGACAAGGAUUUCAGAAGGAGACAGAAUCAGCUCCUGGAUCACCAAGAUCCUCCAGCCCCCCUGUGCCCUCAAAGUCAGUGGAAGUUAGUAACCUGAAGACUAUGCCAAAGGGGCUGUCUGCAAGUUUACCAGACUUGGACUCUGAGAGCUGGAUAGAAGUCAAGAAGAGGCCACGACCUUCUCCAGCCAGGACAAAGAAGCCAGAAGACGUGAGGUCCCCACAGCAGACUGUGACCCCUGCAAUGACACCCCAGAAACCCUUAAAGGACCAGGAUGAGCCAGAGGAGCUGGACUUCAUGUUUGAUGAGGAGAUGGAGCAGAUGGAUGGCCGCAAGAACACCUUCACUGACUGGUCAGAUGAGGACUCUGACUUUGAAAUUGAUGACCGGGAUGUGAACAAAAUCUUGAUUGUCACGCAGACCCCACCUUACCUGCGCAAGCACCCUGGAGGAGAUCGCACAGGAAACCACACAUCACGGGCCAAGAUGAGCUCCGAAUGGGCCAAAGUGAUCAAUGAUGGCUUGUUCUACUAUGAGCAAGAUCUAUGGACUGAGAAGUUUGAGCCAGAGUAUUCACAGAUUAAGCAAGAGGUGGAGAAUUUUAAAAAGGUCAACAUGAUCAGCCGAGAGCAGUUUGACACCUUAACUCCAGAACCUCCAGUCGAUCCCAACCAAGAAGUUCCUCCAGGACCCCCAAGAUUUCAGCAAGUUCCCACAGAUGCCUUGGCGAACAAGCUCUUUGGUGCCCCUGAGCCUUCCACCAUCGCCCGCUCCUUACCGACCACAGUCCCAGAAUCUCCAACUUACCGCAAUGCCCGAACGCCACGUACCCCACGCACCCCCCGGUUGAAGGAUCCUGCGGUCAUGCCUCGGUUUUACCCUGUAGUGAAGGAGGCCCGAUCGAUUGAUUCAAAGACACCUAGAAAAAGGAAAACGCGACACAGUUCUAAUCCACCCAUGGAGUGCCAUGUGGGGUGGGUGAUGGACUCCAGGGAACAUCGACCUCGAACUGCCUCUGUGAGCGCCAGCCCUUCUGAGGGGGCUCCAUCCCUGAGCAAUUACGGCUGUACGCCCCAAUCUUUGCCAAAGUUCCAGCAUCCUUCCCAUGAGCUGCUGAAGGAGAAUGGAUUCACACAGCACGUUUACCACAAGUACCGCCGACGUUGCCUUAAUGAGAGGAAACGGCUAGGCAUUGGCCAGUCCCAAGAAAUGAACACACUUUUUCGCUUCUGGUCCUUCUUCCUACGAGAUCAUUUCAAUAAGAAGAUGUAUGAAGAGUUUCGACAACUCGCCGUAGAGGAUGGAAAGGAAGGAUACAGGUAUGGUUUGGAGUGCCUUUUCCGAUACUACAGCUAUGGUCUGGAGAAAAAGUUCAGAGUGGACAUUUUCCGGGACUUCCAGGAAGAAACCAGGAGGGACUAUGAAACGGGUCAACUAUAUGGACUUGAGAAAUUCUGGGCCUUUCUGAAAUACUCCAAAGCCAAAAACCUGGAUAUUGAUCCAAUGUUGCAGGAUUACCUGAGCAAGUUCCGUCGGCUAGAGGAUUUCCGAGUGGAUCCCCCGAUUGGAGAAGAUGGAGGGUCCCGAAGGCGCCCCUCCUUUUCAGGUGAAGGCAGAAGAAGGUAUCCUUCACAGUCUUCCAGCAAAGGAUCUAGUCAUCAGUCCCAAUCAGCGUCCCACAACCCAGGAAAGGAUGACCUCAAAGGCCAAAGCCAACCCUCAACUGCCAUCCCGGAUUCCCAGACACCGGGUGGGGAGAAGUAG